GGUUUAUGGUGGGAGAGAACUGUGUUACCUUUGUUAUACUGAAGCAUUACCUCAACAAUUAGCUCAGUUUAGUUUUGUCAAGGAAGAAAGCAGACCUGCUGUAAUGAGGAAACAUACUGAGCUUGUGUUAGGGCUGCGUUAAAUCAAUCCAACAAACAGGAAAAGAAGGAAAAAUAUUUUUCAUUACGAAGGAUGGCUGAGUCAGAAUUCCUCGACACUGAGGAGGAAGUAGUUGUUACACUGGAAGAAGUCACCGUCAGAGUUUCAUACACGACAAGGGGAGCGGAAAAGCAAGAAGAUGAGAGCGACUCAGUCAUGCAGCCUCUGCUUCAGCACAAACAUCAGGACAACCGUGAUGAGAAUCACAAAGCAGACACGCAAACAACGACAGAUGGUGCUGACCAAAAGACAUCUGUUCCACAAGAGCUGGAAUCGGCUGGCAGGGAUCAGCCCGGCUGCACUGGAAGUGUCGGGAGCGUGUUCAGUGACAGCAGUUGGCACGAAUGCCCCAUCUGCAGCGAGCUGUUCGACUCACAUGAGGAUCACCGCGUCACCUUGCUCCACUGCAACCACACACUGUGCCACCGCUGUAUAGCCGGCAUCAUGAAGAGGGCCAAGGACCCGGGCCGGCUGCAGUGCCCCUUCUGUCGACAGACCACCCCCUUCCCACAGUGGGAGAUCAGGAGGCUGCAGGAGGAGUCCUACUUUCACAGUGUCUGUGAGCCUGCUCCCUCCCUCAUCACCAGUCCCGGCCCUGAACUUCAGGCCGUCCCUACAUCACCGUCGUGCUGCUUCGCUCUGGAGAGGCAGCUGGAGGCGCACACGCACAGAAACAUAUGUGGAUGCUGCGUCUACCCGUCCUGCCUCAUCGGAGGACUGAGGCUGAUGCGGCAACACUCCCUCUAUUUCUCCGUCACUGCUCUCCUGCUGCUCUUCCUGGUGCUGCUGGGCUGUUUCCUGUACAUGGCUGUUCCUGCUAUAAUGCAGUCCAUACUUUUGGGUAAUGGCUAAACUCAUCAUUGGAAGGAUUUCAGUUGUCUGACUUAUUGCUAUGAAUAAGCGGCCUGCUGUUUUAAUACCAUCGCAGAUACAGCAGGUGACAUUUGGGGAAAUGUCAAAUUUCAAAUGUCACUUGUUCUUCAGUUGUUUUAUUAACCCACUUUAUUAUCUUUCAUUUCACAUAACCUAACACAGCUUCGGAGUUAUUUCUGACUACACACUGUAUAGCAGUGUUUUACUGUUGAUAUUAUAGAUUUGGAAAAAGUUUGGAUUUGCCAAAGCAAAACUGACUCCUCAACAGUAUGAUUUGCAGGAGCACAUGAAUUUGUUUGUGAAUGUUGCAACUGUCUUGAAAAAAGUAAUUCAUCUAACAUUAUUUCUAACACAUCUCUAAACUUUAAAGGAUCCAGUCUCUCAUCAGUUUGUCAACCUCUGACUUUUUUCUUCUUUGAAGUUCGUUACAACUUUGUAGGAUUUGGUGCAACACAUAAUGGGGGUUUGACUUUGGAUGAAAACUCCUCACAUCUUUCUGGGUCUUGUAUUGACCUACUUCUCAUCAGAACAGCCUGGAUGCUCUCUGCUGUUACUGCUGCAUAUUCUUAGCAACAAAAACCCAGCUUUAUCUCCUUUCAUACUGCACAUGAAGGAGACUUGGCCCUACGAUUUAAUCCUCUAUAUCCAUGUUAUUCAUUCAAAAGAGAGACAGAAAGCAAUGAUGAAAGCUUAAACCAACCAACCCUCUACUUGUUUCUUUUUGUUCUGUUUUCUUAAUUAUGCACGUUUACCUUUUAAGUUUGGUGCUGUGUAUCUCUGCUAUUUAUUAUAUAUACAUAAAUACUCAUAUAGACUAGAUUUCUGUUCAAUCAAAUGUGUGGCUAUGUGAAGAAUGUGUCAGCCUUUUUAAAAUUAUUUCAGGUUCAGCACUGAGGCAUGCAGUGCCCAAGAUGCACUCCACACAAUGGCAAAAUCCCCAGUUCAAAUCCAUCCAGGAACCUGUCAUGUCACCGCCUCUUCAGACAUUUUCUCCAUGCUUCUCUGGCAUAUGUUAUCAAAUCAAUGUGUCUUUUCCUCUUUAAAAAAAAAAAAAAAAAAAAAUGCCCACAGAAAAAAGAUUUGUUGAAGUGUGUACUUAAAUAUUUUCAUCAUCUUCAUCUUGGUGUCAAAUAGCUCUUUCCUUUGGGACAAAAUUUUUGCAACCAUUGAACUACCGUAUUACUACGCACAAGUGUUAAAGUGGCCGCGGCAGUGUAGCAGCAAUACAUCACUCAGCGUCUGUGCCAGUGGUUCCUAAUGCCUCUCCAAACUUGGAGCCUGCUAAUCUGAAUCUACUGCAAGUAACACAAUGACUAUAGAUACACAACCCCACGUCAAAUAACCCCAACAAUCAUUUUAAAGGUCAUAAUAUGUUGUUUGUUGGCUUCCUCUGCUGCCCUCAAAUGGCCAAAAAAAUAAUUAUAAAAAUAGGAUGUUUUUAUAAAGUCAAUACUUUAGGUUCCCAGUAUCAUUGGUUGACUGUGUAAACGACCAAUAAUGAAGCAAAGGUAACCGCCAAAACAUGAUUCUCAAAUAGAUAAUUAGAAAAUACAUUACUUGCAUUCCUUAGAAAAAUACUGAUGCCCACUUUCCUGAGCAAACUGAUGUAGAACUACUUUGCAUCUAUAUCAGACAUUGUGUAACUUUGAAGAAGAGCAGGAUGGUGGGUCUUUAAAUCCUCUGUAAUGACGUGUGUGCCCGUUUUCCUGAGAUCAAAUCCUAGUUCUCUCCUGACUCAGUCGACUGUCAAUUACUGAAGCACAGAUUUGGAAUGUGAAUUAGUCCUCUCUAAUGUGAGAUGAGAAAUUGAUCCAUAUAGAUCGGCCUGCAGCCCCCCCACAAGGCUUUGCAGGAUGCUGGGAGUAAAAUCCGGAAGAGGCUUUGUGUUCUCGCAGCAUGAAUACUUCAGCUCAGCAUUGGGACAGGCAAGCGAGCGAGCACUGAGGGGCCUCACACAUCUAUAAUUUAUGCAAGGACUUCACACUACAUGAGAAACACAUCAGAUAGGCAGCCAUCCAUCUGCAGAUGACUCAUUGAGGCAAUCCAUUUCCAAGACCUAAUCGGCUCCGUUCAUGUCAAAGCACUGGCAGAGCAUGGCCUGUUUUGCUCCCUGCCUCCAUCAGAAAAUCUGAGCUCCAUGUUACAGGCGUCCAACAACUAGAGACAAUAGCUCGAUGCAAAAUGCUGCUCGAAUUGCUGCAUUAAACUGACCCUCACACAUCCUUUAUGGUACACGUCUUUGCACCAUUCGACAUGCACAUGUUCAGGUCACAGCAAAUGACACACAGUUUGCCGACAAACGCGCUGCUGUCAUGCUAAGCGCUAAAGCGUGUAGGAGUUCAUGUAUGACAUGGCUCCGUCUGUUCUACCCUCCCCUUCGCGCCCACUUUAUGUUUAAUACAUAGGUAAUUCUUUGAUCAAAGGCACUUUUGACUAUUUAAAAUGAUAAAAACAUGAAGUGAAAUUACUUCAGUCUGCUUUUAUCUUUGGUAAAAAUGUUCUUUCAAAUCAUAAUGAUACGAAGACAUGUUUGAUCACAGAUGAUAAAGAUACUCCGGCUGGUGUAGUUUUAAGAACAAAAUUAUCUUCAUUAAGGUAGCUAGCCGUGAAAGCUGCUCACUGUGUUGAGCUAUGUUUGCAGUUGAGCCAGCUAACCUCAUAGCCCUCCACUGAUGUUAAACACUGAUGUGUCUGUGACCAUCUGACUGGUGUAGCUAGCUAACUUUGUUACCUUUAGCUUGUCGGCAUGUUUGAGAAACAACUGUUAAGGUAGUUUCUAUAGUGAAAUGCAUAUGUAGCAAAGGACUAUAGCAAUAGGCUACACAGUGUGUAGAUGAUUACUGUUAACUGCAAAGGUUGGUUUAGUUUUAUGAAUAAAAUCAUUUUUCAUUAAGCUAGCUAGCUUCAUAGCGCUCCCAUCUGCUCCACUGAUGUUAACACUUGUGUCUGUGAAUGUAUGAGUGGUGAAGCUAGCUGACUUUUUUACCUUUAGCUUGUUGGCAUGCUUGGAUGACAAGUGUGACAUUAGCUAAUUUUAGUUUUACUUACUUACAACUUGUUUGGUUUUUCUUUAAACUAACUGAUUGGAGGUUAAAGGACAACUCUAAAACUAUUCAAUUUCUUUUUAUACUCGAUCUUAAUUAUAUAACUAACAAUAUUAGCCUAUCUUUUUCGAGUAUUCAGUUAUAUUUGUGAAUUGUUAAAAUUAUAUCUACAGUUGAUCCAUUGUACAUUUUGACAUUAAAAUGUCUGUAUUUAUGUUUGCCUUACAGUCCCUAAAAAGAAAAUAAAUAAAUUUAAACCAAAUGUAAAGCGUGAUGAUAAUU